AUGAAUCCAUCUGAAACUGCCGCACUCAACAUCUGGGCAAGUCGACUCUCUCCCUUCUGCUACAUCCAUGUGAUGGUUCGGACGCUGCCAUGGGCAACACAGAGCUCCAAAGUACCCGCUCAAGCUAUAAAAAGGAAGGAAGCCAUCACUGUCAAGCCUGUUGGCGAGAAGAAGCCCUUCGAGGCCAGAUUCGGGGACGAUGACCAGUACGAGAUGGUCGUCGAAGACUUAGAGAUGAUCGCUCUAGAGCUGGCGAAGCUGAAAAGCGCAGCAGAAGCACCUGAUGAUAUCUCACGUGUGGCUAGUCCGCCGGGUGUGCCAAGCACUGACGCACUAGAGCAGCUUCUAGCUACGCCAUCAGUGCCGGCAUCUUUAACGAAGCUGAAAAGACGCAAGCCGCGCGCUGAACUUGAAGCACCCAAGGAAGGAGAGCAGGACAUGGCUUGUUCAAACAUAAUCUUACCAGCUGGCAGGAUGGCUUCACCGCCUGCGGAUUUGUCUGUUGACUUGGACAAGAUGGCCUUUAAGCCAGAUUCUAAGAAGGAAUUCUUUGUGCCAAAGAAGAUUCCUUCCAACAAGAUUCCCUCCAUGCUUGACUUGUUGCAGACGUCAAAACCAUCCCCAAGCAUCUUCAAUCUGUCUCGGCCCAAGAAACGUCAAGCCUUGGAAGGCCAAGAAGCGCCACCAAUCAAGAAACUCGCAUCAGCAAAAGAUCUCUAUGGUUUUUGA